AGAUGUGAGGAGAAGAGUGUGAUAAUCACAGUUUUCUCCGGAGUACCAGACGUGCAGACUCAAAUCAGGAAUUACAAAAGAAUAGAAGAACGAGCAUGGUGGAAAUAUUGAGACCUACAGCAAUAGGUAGACUUGAAGAACUGGGAGUUAACCAGGAUUCUUCUGGGGCGUCGAUAGGGGUCUCUAUCGAUCCUCAGCCCCAGUUUGAGGAGGUGAACACGAUCCAGAGAACAAAACGCCUUCUCCCCUACAACCACAGAGUAAUGCUAGCUGCCAGUGUUUACCUCGAAUACAUUCAGGGUCAGAGAGGACUACCUCCGCAGCCCUCCUAUUUUAAAACAGAUCCCUAUCUCAUGAGGCAGACUUAUAAACUAGCCCUUGGAACUUUUCACUAUAUUCAAGUGAUAGAGGACCUGUUACUAGAUACUUACUUUUACAGCAGCUACGUCCAGGUUUCCAUUUCUAACCCUCCACCCUCUCGUGAUCCUCAGUUCAGACAAUGUCAGUCGUUAGUGGCAGUGAUGCUUUACAACCUCAAGUUACUGGGAUUCAAGGCUCCCCGAGCGUACCAGUGCGAGUUUGGGGAGACUGUCAGGGAGGUUCAGGAGGUCCACGAGGCUCUCCUCAGAUUCAAGACCAAGUUCCACGCUGCUUUCGCUAGGUGCAGGAUAAAAUGUAACGCAUACCAAGAGGACCAACUGAUGAGUAAUGAUAUCCGGAUACGGUACAAGUCCUGUGUAAGCACUCCAAGACACGUGAGGGUGAACAGUCUCAGGAGGAACAAGGACCAGGUGAUAAUGACGCUAGAAAACCGGGGUUACACCAAGAUAGCCCCCCUGGAACCCUGGACACCGUUCUCUUUCUACUGUGAUCCUCUAUUGGAGCAACUCCUCGUCUUCUCACCCGACAGUAAAGAUGAUCUCACUAACUUCGCUCUGGUUCACGACGGAUCCUUGCUACUUCAGGAUAAGAGCACAGUAGUAGCAGCCUCAAUUCUCCACAAUAUGAUCUCUCCUAACGGGCCCUCUUCUAACGAUGACGUCAUUGUCACUGAUAUCGGGACAGGGAACGCAGCAUGUUAUCUAGCCGCGCUACAGAGUAAGGAAGGGUCAGUUUUAGCGUUUGGUCCCGCUCCCGACGCCACAGAAAAGCUGCUCACUAAAUCUGACACUCUGAACGCUUCCAACGUCCACAUAGUGAACGAGCCGUUUCUCCAGUCAAGCUGUAAAGAUAAGAUAUUUAAAGGGGUACGGGGGAUACUGUGUAACCCUCCUAGUAGCCUAUCUGGAGUGGUGGAUAUUGUCGAGUUGGUGGUGGAGGAAGGGGAGAAGAUCCUGCCAGCAGUAGCUAAAGGACCAUGUGACACUGCCAGUCUCCCCCGAUAUGUGACAACACAGUACCUCACCCUUAAACACGCACUCAGCUUUCCCAAAGUAAGCUGUGUGGUGUUCUUCACCCGCUCCAUCCACCCUCAAGAGUGUGAACACCUCGUUAGAAAGGUGUGUGAUGAGUUGAGCGAGUCCUCUGAUGAUAGCCCCUUCCGUCUCGUCCCUGUGGACAGUGCAGUUAGAGAAUCUGUUCUCACCAACGACUCUUUCUAUCACCCUCUCGUCAACAUGAAGAACAUUCCUACUGAUAUUUCAAGUAAGUGUUUGAGAGUAAUGCCAACUGCCGAGCUGGGAGGAUUCUUCGUGGCCACUUUUCAACGAAUGGCCGUCAAGUCUAGCACAAUCUUGGAGCGUGCGCUAGAGAAGGGAACGCUUGGAGGAGAUCCUAGCAAGGGAUCUAGCAGUGCCAAGAAACACAAGAAAAAUAAGAAAGCAGCCAAGAAACUCAAGGGAGAUUCAGCUAUGGACCCUACCACAGCUUCCAUGAUCAAGGUUCGCGGCAAAUCACGCAAGAGUGCAAAGAGAAAAUGAAUGAUGAAGAAUGAAAGAGUGUCCCAUCUAUUUUGGAUUCAGUCUCCGUUCAAGUUUGCGAAUCAAUGUUUAUCGGUCUUGGUAGAUUUUUCGUUAUCAUAAUGAGUAUAAACUUACCGACUUGGAUAGACACAUAAAAGGCUCUUUUUGAUCUUGGAGUUAAUAACAUUCACGAUUGCGUUGAUUUUUAAAAAUUUCUGUGUUGAAUCAGAAGGGCUGAACAUGUGAAAUUAUAUGCAAAAUAAACCUAUGUAGUAUGGACGCGAUCGGUUGUAUAGUAUCGUCAAAAUGGUGUAGAUGAUACUCAUAGAUAAAAUAAGAUAUAAUUGUGAGUGAUUUUUGACCGAAAUUUUCGAUAUAUUUUAUCCUUUAAGUUUUAGUUUAUCGUUAAACUCAAUCUUAAUUCUUAAAGGCUAAACGUUUGAUUCAGUAAAACAACUAAGAUUUAUAAUGUUUGCGCUACGAUUAAUAUAACUGUUUUACGUUUUGUUCAGUUUAUUGUCUUCUAGCUAUAUGUAUACCAAAUUCUAUCACUCGCCUCAGAGUACGCUGUUGUCGGUAAGAAAACAGAAUUUUAGAUCUGAAAAUGGAGAAUAUUUUGUUUAAUGCAAUGGCUUUAAAGGUUUUUAAUUCUUGUUAUACUUAUAGAGUAUCAAGUUAUUAAAUUCGACCCUCAAUAGUGGUAGUAUUUCCAAAUACACGGUUUUUUUAAUUGCAGUUUGAUUUUUUAUAUCUCGAAGCGAUAUUGAUAUUAUGUAGACUCAUAAUAAUAUUGAGAGUGUAGACGUUAUCUAUCAGUGUAGCUGUCAUAUCGUUAGAACUCAAAAAAGCAUUAUACACUGUCCUGUUUCACAAACUGAUAACCAUUCGAGGGGUGUGUGAUCAUGCAAUAUUUUCCCUUUCUUCAGGAUUGUGUUUGUCCUAUAUUGGGAUCUCAUAUUUUGGUUUGGUUGUAAUUCAAUAACCAAUGAUGUCAAUGAUAUGUUCUGUGUUCGACUUAUUUCA